UCCCCUGCCUUUCACACAGCGAACUGAGCGCCGCUGCCUGCAGGAGCCGCUUUAUAAAGAGCUAAAUUUACCGAACUUUACGUUGUUUCCUGAGCUCUCACAAUUGGCCAGGCAACUUCGAGUUAGAGGGUUAUAAGGUUCGGAGGGACCUCCUACCACUUUUAAACUUGUUCAUGUCUUCGGAGCGCAGCUGCGGAGAGGCGACAGAGAGAUAGGCGCACAGACUGCGGCGCGGCACAGACGCGACUUUGACAAGAGAUUUUUUUUUUUAUUGUUAUUAUUAUUAUUUCACCCAACGAUGGCCUUAUCCGGAGUGAUGCUGCCGUCAUUUUCGACAUUCUCAAACCAAAGAGAGAAAACCUGGGAAAACAGGUGCAAAGGGGACGUGGAUAAACUAGUCUCCACCAGCUGCUCCAUGCUUGAAAUGGUACACAACCUGGACAAUUACCACAAAAAGGACGACGAGGAUCUGAGUAAUUAUCUGGAUCUGGAUUUUAUUCUCUCCAACACGACUGGCUCAGACUGCACGGCGGAAUUUGUGGGCACAGUUGAUCACAGCAUGUACACGACUGGAGGCUCGGUGCCAUCCUACCAGACAGACGACCACCGCUCCCCGCCGCCCCCGUACGGCGCCAGCCUCAUGACAGAGCUGCUCCGCAGUGAAGGAACACACAGCUAUGGCAUUACGCGCAACCCCGGCGUUCAGGGGAGAUUUUAUGUCAACUCGGGACAUUUUCCCCGCCAGGAAAUCAAAGUCGAGCCACCCAUGGACGGUUACGGACCCGUUUUGGGCAUGGUGCCUCAGAGCUGCAGCAAAAUCAAGCAAGAGGGAAACGUUUCGUGCAUGCUGUCCUUCGAGCAGCCCCGGGUGGCCAUCUCCCCGCGGGCAGCCAACAACAUGACCCCGCCACUCAGCCCCGAUGACCACGGAGCCUCAGACUGCCAGGCACAGCUGUGCCAGACCAUGAACUUUUCUCAGAAGUAUCACACGCCGGCAGCUUUCCCGCACCACCCUCAGGCUCCGCAGAUGCAGAUGUCCUACCACGCUCCGCACACUGCCUUUGGCAUGUAUGAUGAGGGUCUCAGCCUGCAGCCGGGCGCGCAGAGGGUGAUGCUCACGCCGCCCUCAUCCCCCCUCGAGCUGCUGGAGUCCAAACCCAAGAGAGGCCGCCGCACGUGGCCGCGGAAGCGCACUGCCACGCACACCUGCACCUUCGCUGGCUGCGGGAAGACCUACACCAAGAGCUCCCACCUGAAGGCACAUCUGCGAACUCACACCGGUGAGAAGCCGUACCACUGCAGCUGGGAAGGCUGCGGAUGGAAAUUCGCCCGCUCAGACGAGCUGACCCGUCAUUUUCGCAAGCACACAGGACACAGGCCCUUCCAGUGCCACCUGUGCGAGCGCGCCUUCUCCAGGUCUGACCAUCUGGCGCUUCACAUGAAGAGACACAUGUGAAGGAGCCCUCAGAAGGACUUGGGUGUUGUGCCAUUUUUAUUGUGAUUCAACUGGUUUAUUUUUUAUUUAAAUUGUUCUCCACAUGACCAAAGUCUUUUUUUAUAUAUCUAAUAUUGAAUUUAAAAAAAAAAAUGUUAGUGUUAUUAUUGUCUAAUAACGUAGCUGGUACUACUUUGGUUCUAUACAAGCUUUAGAAAAGCUUUGUUUGCUUUAGAGCAGGCAGACCAGGAAGGGGCUGGCCCUGUAUAUACUACUCUUCUCUGACAGAACUGGAAUGCUGUGUUUGACACAAAAGUGCCUUUCUAUGACUGUGCUACUGUAAAAACCCUUCAUGACAGAACGACAUGGCCACAAAAUAGUUCAUGUAUUUGAUGACAGUUGGAGUGAGGUGCACAUAAAAGUCGCCUAACAUGUGCAAAGACAAUGUUUUAUUUAAACUGCCUCAAUGUCUAAAAUGGCCUGAACUGUUUUUUUGUUUUGUUUUCCCUUUUAAAUCUUACUGCUUCUUAAUAUUUGGAAUUAAUGUCUUUUACUGUGUGUGUGAAACUCUCUGAUCCAGCCCCUCUACUCACUCUCAGGGCUUGAUGUCCUGUGCAUUAUUUUUCACUUAAAUUUAUAUAAAUAUGUACAUGGAUUUUAUACUGUAAAAUGUAUUUAUUGUAAAUAUUAAAAACAAUGAAACUGGA